AUGCAGCCCCGUCUUGAACGUCUCCAGCCAAUGCUCGGCAACCCUCUUUUCGAGAGUAUCCUCUGGGGCCAUGAAUACGACCUCUCCAAACUCAACACCGAUCUCCGCCAGAGGAUCGAGUCCGGCCAAUUCAAGCGUCUCGUCUUUUACGGCAUGGGCUGCUCCUCUGUCGUAUCCGACAUCGUCAAGGGCUUCUUCCUCGACGAGAAGAUUCCCCUCCAUGUUCAGGUCAUCAACGACUAUGAUCUUGACUGGUUCGUUGACCGCAAUGUCACGAAGGAUCCCACCACGCUGUCUAUUAUUGUCUGCUACAGUGGAUGGUCUGUUGAGCCGUGUUUGUUCUUUGAGACUAUGCGGGAGAUGACUGGGAACAAGAACUUGAUUGUUCUUUCUGGCGGUGGCAAGAUUCAGCAUUUGUGUGAGGAGCACAGUACUUCUAUCAUCUUGUACAAGCUCGGCCAUGCGGAUCGGGAGUAUCCUCUUUAUCACGUCCAGCAGUUCUUCUCCAUCUUCCUGGAUCUCUUCCGCAAGCUCAAGCUCACACCUUCCUCUUAUCACAAAGAGCUUCAGGACUCAGUCAACUUUCUGAAGACUGAGUUCAACGAUGCUACGCUCAAGAAGGCCCAGGCUAUUGCGGAGAGGUUGAAGAACAGUCGUAUCGCGCUGCUUAGUACCGUCGAUUGGUACGUCACGCUCCUUAAGCAGACGACUAUGCUCUUCAACGAAAUCGCCAUGGUUCCUACACACCGCAACCUGCUGCACGAGUUCUCGCACAAUGAAGUUGCAGCUUACUCCAACCCCUCCGAGAACAAGGACGUCCCGCAGAACAAGAACAUUGAGUUCAUCAACAUUGAUCUCAACCAAGACAACCUCUUCAAAAAGUUCUUCUACGGGCACUUCUUCACUGUCUACGUGGCGUAUUACCUGGGUAUUCACUCUGAUGUGGAGGGACGAGAUUUGAUCUCGAUUGCGGCGAAGAACCCGUGGUGGAGCCAGCGCAACAUUGAGCUGCACCCCAAGUGUGUUGAUAUCGCCUCUGAGCUCAAGGGAUAG